UGCUCCGCACGCGUCCACCAGGGGCCGCUCGAGCUACCUAAGCUCCGUGGGCUACCCGGCGGCGCCCCCGCGCGUGCUCACUCGGAGCAGCGCGCGCCCCGCAAUCGCCGCAGCCGUCCCCGCCUCCGGCCGCCGCUCCGAAGUGAUUGCCCAAACCAAGCCUCUGUGGCUGGGUACGGAAGCGCUUUCGGGACAAAAAUUCUCCCUCAAUUGUGGUCUGCAUUCCUUCGGCCGGUGGGCUGAUCUGGGGCGGGAAGGAUUAGCGCCUCAGUUGCGCUGCAGCCGGGGAGGAAGGAGGAGGCCGAGCCCGGGGUGGAGUUCUGGCAGACGGGCUAGACCGGGCGAGACGCCGCCGCUGCCCGGAUGUUGCGAUGGCUGAUCGGGGGAGGCCGAGAACCGCAGGGACUGGCCGAGAAAUCUCCUUUACAGACAAUAGGUGAAGAACAAACCCAGAAUCCCUACACUGAACUGCUUGUACUAAAAGCUCAUCAUGAUAUUGUACGAUUUCUGGUACAGUUAGAUGACUACAGAUUUGCAUCUGCUGGUGAUGAUGGAAUUGUAGUUGUGUGGAAUGCUCAGACAGGGGAAAAACUUUUAGAACUGAAUGGACACACUCAAAAGAUAACAGCUAUUAUUACAUUUCCUUCCUUGGAAUCUUGUGAAGAAAAAAAUCAACUCAUCUUGACAGCCUCUGCUGAUAGAACAGUUAUUGUGUGGGAUAGUGAUACUGGCAGACAAGUUCAGAGAAUAUCAUGCUUCCAGUCUACUGUAAAGUGUUUAACUGUUCUUCAGAGACUAGAUGUUUGGCUUUCUGGUGGGAAUGACCUGUGUGUGUGGAACCGAAAAUUAGAUCUCCUGUGUAAGACUAGCCACCUUUCUGAUACAGGUAUUAGUGCUUUGGUUGAAAUACCUAAGAACUGUGUUGUGGCAGCAGUUGGCAAAGAACUGAUAAUUUUCAGGUUGGUAGCACCCACAGAAGGAUCACUAGAAUGGGAUAUUCUUGAAAUUAAGCACCUUCUUGAUCACCAGGAUAAUAUUCUCUCAUUGAUUAAUGUCAAUGAUUUGAGUUUUGUCACCGGCUCCCACAUCGGAGAGCUGAUCAUCUGGGAUGCGCUGGACUGGACCAUGCAGGCCUAUGAACGCAACUUCUGGGACCCAUCUCCACAACUGGACACCCAACAAGAAAUAAAGCUCUGUCAAAAAUCAAAUGACAUUUCUAUUCAUCAUUUCACAUGUGAUGAAGAGAAUGUAUUUGCUGCAGUUGGAAGGGGUUUAUACGUGUAUAACCUUCACAUGAAGCGUGUGAUUGCCUGCCAGAAAACUGCACAUGACUCCAGCGUCCUGCACAUUGCCAAACUUCCAAACAGGCAGUUAAUCUCAUGCUCAGAAGAUGGCAGUGUACGCAUUUGGGAGUUAAGAGAAAAACAGCAGCUUGCAGCUGAGCCUGUCCCAACAGGUGUGUCUUCUCUCAGAAAGGUUUUUUUAACAUGUGGGGAUUUGGAAGAGUCAACAAACAAGCCAGCCAACCUGUUAAAAAGCAGCAAGAAAAUGCUACUUCAUGUUCACUGGAGCUUAUUGGAGAUUUGAUUGGACACUCGUCAUCUGUGGAGAUGUUUCUAUACUUUGAAGAUCACGGACUAGUGACAUGCUCUGCUGAUCAUCUCAUUAUUUUGUGGAAAAAUGGAGAGCGAGAAUCUGGAUUGCGCAGUUUAAGAUUAUUUCAAAAAUUAGAGGAGAAUGGUGACUUAUACCUUGCUGUCUAGUUUAAGGAAUUAAAAAUACACAUGCAUGAACCUUGAACAUCAAAUAUCGGGUACUACUUUGAAAACCAUUAAUAUAUCGAUCACUUAAAUUGGUAAUUUUUUUUUGUCAGUCCAUAAAAUUCUACAUAUUUAAAGUUUUUGUGGACCUACCAACCAGGAACAUGUUGCUUCUCAGGUCCUAGUAUAUUCUCCAAAGAAUAUACCACAAGUUUUCCAUUUGACUUUCAGCUGCUGUUGAAGUGGUGAGUGCUGUGUUUUGAGCUUAUUUUGAACCUAGACCCUUGUGAAAGGUACAAAUAGAGGUAAUAGUUAAGUUAUGGCAUUUAUUACAAAGUUUUAUUAUUUGGCUUCCUUUAGAAUUAUUGUGAAGUUUAAAAAUAGCCUUUCUCCUGCAAAUUUUCCUGGUCUUAUAGUAACUGUUAGUGUUCUAUAUAGCACAAACUUGAAUCUCUCAGCCAAAAAAAUGAACAUAUGUACUGUUAAUGUAUGGCAAGUUUUUUUUGGGUAUCAAUUUGUUUAGAUAAUUUAAAAAUGUUUUUUAGUUCUAGCUACUAAAACCUAUAUGAACUCAAAUGGAUAGGAAUCUUAUGAGGGUGUAUUUUUCCCAGUGCAAAGUGGCUUGAACAGCCAUGGGCUAAAUUGGUACUAGAACAACAACUGCCCCUCAUGUACACCAAGGAUGAGCUCCAGAUCAUUUGAGAGGCACAGUGUUUCCAGAGUCAGAGACUGCAGCUGAGCGCAACUGCCCCAUCUGACCACUGACUCAAAUACGAAUUGCUUGAGACAGACUUCAUUUAUGUAGUUCUUUGCAGUGCCCAUUGAGACACUAUAACCAGCCUUGUAACAAUGUUUUCUCCUUUUGGUGCUAAAAAAUAAAAAAAUGAGAAAGUAAAGUAGUCUACA